AUGUUCAGGAGAGGAGGCAACUGUAGCCACAUGGGGGCAGAGAUCCUUUUGUCCUCUGAGUUCUUCAAAGUCAUUAAGGACGAUCUCUGGCUGUUCCUCAUUCCGGCGGUGUUGGCCGUGCUUCUGCUAGCCCUUUUCCUGGAGGAGAUGGGCUAUUUCCUGAGGCACGAACCCUCCUCCAGACGCAGACGCCUCUACCUGUGGAUACUGGGCAUGUAUCCGUUCUUUGGGAUUACGUCCAUCAUUGCGCUCUAUGUGCCCCGUUCCUCGUCACUAUGUAAUUUCGUCGCUUCUUUAUACCACUCCAUCACUCUACUGAAGUUUAUGGGUCUCAUUGAAGACUUUUUUGGGGGCAAGGCCAGAAUGUUGGAGGUACUGGCUGGAGAGCAGGUUUCUCCAAAUCCUUUCCCAUGCUGCUUCUGCUGCUGCCUUCCCAUGAUAGCCAUCAAGAGGACAAGCUUGGCUUGGAUGAUGGCUGCUGUCCUUCAACUGUCGGUUGUUAGAACCAUCUUAUUUUUUCUCACUCUCGUCCUCUGGACAGAUGAACAGUAUGAUUAUGGAGAUGUGGAUUCAGUAAAUCCAAACAUGUAUGUCAAUGCAAUCAUAGGAGUGUCCACAUUUUUGUCCUUCUAUGGCCACUUGCUGUUUUACAAAGCAACCAAAAGAGCACUGCAUGGCUAUCGGAUCAGAGCGAAGUUUGUGUGCAUCAUUGUAGUUUUGGUGUUGUGUGGACUUCAAAAUGGGAUCCUGGAAACAAUGGGAGCCCUGAAAGUCGUCCCCUGUCAUCCUCCUUUCUCUGAUCUCAUGCGCUCCCAGUUGAUAUAUCACUACGCAGUGAUUGUGGAGAUGUUCUGCAUCAGCCUCUUUGCCCGGAGCAUCUUCCGCCAAGCGAAGCCCAGCGUGGAGGAGGGCUGUGGAGCAGAAGAUGGGGUUGGCAGAGGCCAGUGUGAAAAGGAGGUUCAAACGGAAGACGAAGUGCCCCUGUCGGUGCAGCUCAGCAGGACCGCAGAGGAACCGUGGUUUGCUAAUCAGGGCUACAAUAGUGACAGUGAGGAGAGCCUCUGCAGGAUAGAACACGCCCCCCUGGAUCGCUUCCCGUUUCCUUUGCAACCCACAUCUCAGGGAUUGGGAACUGCAGAAAAGCCUCCAAACUCCAAAAUGUCUGAGGAGAGCACAUCUGUGGAGCUGCCUACAAUAACUGUCAAUGCUGAGAUCAACUAUGUUGAAAAUAAUGAUGUCACUGUUGUCUAGCAACGGUGCGUGAGGCGUGUUGUAGAUGUAGACGACAUGUCAUAUCAUUUGCGUCCAUGCAUCACCACAAACAAGCAUGCACUGUGUACACUGCCCCAAAAACUAAAGACAGUUUAUUCUGUAGAAGAGCAUAACAUAAGUAAACUUUUAAGUUAUUGACAGUCUUGGAAGGUUAGGGGCUGGGAAAUUAGAGAUGUGACCAAAUGUAAA